AUGAUGAACGUGAUUGAUUCUUUAGCUAAUGGAAUUGCAGCUAUUGUUAUCGAUAAAGAAAUUGGUAACAUUUUUGCGGAGUCCAUGAACUGCAAUGCUACAGUUCUACAAACUUCUGCUCAUUUAUACGAUGGCGUGCUUGAUAACUGCAUUCAAACUCAAAUUGGAGAAGUUUCACUGUCUGCAAGCUUUUCAAGUAAUCAAAGCAAAAAAGAAAAUAUUGCACAAGAAAUUUGUUUUGAAAAUAAUAUAUCGCAAAAUUUGCUGAAUGUUGCUGAGGAAAAAAUCAUUGGGGAUCGUUGCGCAACCGUUGUCAAUAGGAAUAAACUGAAAAAUGAUAGGAAACUGCUUACCAACCUGGUUGAUUCUAUAUCCGGCAGUUUUUGCGAAGAAUUGAUGGAAAAUGUUGCAGACGAAUUAGUCAAAGAAAUUGGAAAUUCUGUUUUGAAACAGGAAAUUGAAAAUGUACAAAAACAGAUCGCUGCUCGCUUAGAUAAACAACGGCUUAAAAAUUUUGUAAAUCAAUGGAAAAAAUAUGUAGCUAAGCGAAAAGAGCAGCGUGACGCAGAGCAGGCAUUCUUG